CAACACGUAGAUGAGUACGAUUUCGUCGCCACAAAGCAUAAAGAUCACAUUAAUUAUUCUCAGCUAGACAUGAAAUUCAAUUUUAUCACUCAUUAUUCAUUUGAAUUAUUGUUGAUACGUACUUGUGUAAUUCUUUACUGAUUAAUGGAAAAGGAUGUAUUUACAUAAACUUCAAACAAUCAUCUUGCGAAUGGAGAGAUUCCUAACUAAAUUCAAUCAUCACAGUCUACUGAGAGAUGCAAUCCGAGGGAUUUAUUUACUCACAUUCUUAUUCAUAUUAUAUCGCUUAUUUUCUUCGACAAAUGAUUUCGGAUAUAAUAAGCAGCACCAAUUAUCAAUUGAACGCUACGGUGAACUCAAAAGUGUAUGCGAAUAUUUCUUCAGAAACCCUGUGAAAAAUUCUAGUCGAGGAGUUAUUGAAAGUGUUCAGGGGAAAUGGGACGUGAAGCAUUCAAAUUUAUCCAAUACCGAUGUUUGUCGUGAAUUCAAGUUAUUUCAAGGACAUGUAGUUGAAUCAUCGAUGGAGGAGAAAUCUUUCCCGCUAGCCUUCAGUAUAGCUGUACACGAUUACAUCAAACAGUUAUCUCGAUUACUCCGAUUGAUAUACAGACAACACAAUCUGUACUGCAUUCACGUUGACUCUAAGUCGCCACAAUCAUUCUAUAAUGAAGUGUUGGCACUAGCCAAUUGUUUUGGUCCAAAUGUAAUGGUAGUGAAUCGAUCGGAAAGUAUUGACGUCCAAUGGGGUCAUUACUCCAUCCUCGAAGUGUUUCUUCUCUGUGCAGACAAAUUGAUGAAGAAGACUGAAUACAAGUGGCAAUACAUUUUGAAUGUGAGUGGACAGGAAUUGCCACUGAGAACCAACUGGGAGUUGGUAACAGCUUUGAAGGCAAUCAAUGGGUCGAAUGUUGUUGAAGGUCUAGGUCCAUGGUAUAAUCCAUCUCGAUGGCCCGCGAAGAAUUUCACAUUCCCGAUCAUCUGGAGCAAAGGCAGUUUCUAUAUGGCAUUGAAACGAGAAUUUGUACACUUCUAUCAAACUGACCCAAAAGCGAAUGAAAUACUCGAUGCUAUGAAAGCAGAAAGACACUUGCAGAAGCAUCCGGAUGAAUUGUUUUUCCCAACGCUAACUCACGAUCCAUCACUCGGUGCACCAGCUGCUUGCUACGAAAUUCAUGAAACUAAUUACUCAGAUAGACGAAAACGAUUCAUCGCACGUUAUGUGAAAUGGUCUUCUAAUGGCUGUAAGAGUUCCAGAGUUCGUCGAGGUGUAUGCAUUUUAGGCGCAGGUGAUCUCCCGGACAUACCAUCACGACCGGAAUUUUUCGCCAACAAAUUUCAUGAUGAUUUCGAGCCUAUUACCUAUGACUGUACAGAGUAUUAUGUUAUGGAGAAAGUUAUACAAGAGAUGAAAAGCAAUCGGUUGGAUGCAAACUUUGAUGUCACUGUCUAUUCUGACUUACACUGUUCUAGAAAUCAUACUUAG